CGGCGAGGCUGCGAAGGUCCAGGAGGAAACUUCCCCCCCCACCCCCUCCUCCUCUGUCCACCACCACCACACAGACAUGUCCUCUUACAACAGCAACACCGCGCGCGUGAGCGAGGCCAGGAAAGUGGCUAUUUUCGGGGGGACGCACGGGAACGAGAUGUCAGGUGUGACGCUGGUCAACCUGUGGGUGAAGAACGGCGUGGAGGUCCAGAGGAAGGGGGUCGAGGUCAAGCCGUUCAUCACCAACCCGAAGGCGGUGGAGAAGUGCACCAGAUACGUGGACACGGACCUGAACCGAGCCUUCACCCCGGAGAACCUCAGUGCCCUCGGAGGUGACGAGCUGCCGUACGAGGUGCAGAGAGCCCAGGAGAUCAACAGGAUGUUCGGACCCAAGGGGAGCCCCGAGGCCUACGACGUGAUCUUCGACCUCCACAACACCACGUCCAACAUGGGCUGCACCCUGAUCCUGGAGAGCUCCAAAGACCACUUCAACCUGCAGAUGAUGAACUACAUCAAGAAAGCCAUCGCUCCGGCCAGCUGUCUCGUUCUGCUGAAUGAACAUCCUCUCCUGAAAUAUUCCACUUCACGCUCCGUGGCCAAACACCCCGUCGGUCUGGAAGUCGGUCCUCAGCCUCAAGGAGUUCUGAGGAGUAACAUCUUUGAAGCGAUGCGAGUCAUCCUGAAGCAUGCUCUGGACUUCAUCGAGCUGUUCAAUGAAGGUAUGGAGUUUCCUCCUUGUACUGUGGAAGUUUUCCGGGUCUCCGAGAGGAUCGACUACCCCAGAGACGCCAACGGGAACAUCAUAGCCAUGGUUCACCCCAACCUGCAGGACUGCGACUGGGAGCCGCUGAACCCCGGCGACCCCAUGUUCCAAACGUUUGACGGAACGACCAUCCACUAUCAGGGCUCGGGCACCGUCUAUCCCACCUUCAUCAACGAGGCGGCCUAUUAUGAGAAGCAGCAGGCGUUUGUAACCACCAGGAGGGAAACCUUGGUCGCCGCCGCCAUCAGGAAAGCGUGAGAGUCGCUCCGCGAGGCAAACGGCGACCGUCGGCCUCGGCAGCCAAUCUGUGUAUAGAUUUGCACUUUGCUCUGUUAGCAAAUGACAGACCUUCUGCACAUAAUGACUAGAUACCAUCUUUUACACACUGAUUUAGUUUUCUAUGCGCUUACUAUCAUAAAAUCAAUUAACUAUGCAAAGGACAUUUGUGGAAGCUUUGCAAAGAUUCACUGUGGAAGUCUUUGAUAUUCGGACAGGUACUUUGUUGUGGUCAGUAUUUAUGAUACUAUUGUUACUGGGGACAACACGUUUUUAUAAUAGUAAUUAUUGAUGGUUUGUGGAUCAAUAUAAACACCCUGUAAGUUUCCUACUACUGCUCAGGAAGGCCAUUGAGGAUCAAACCCUGCGACCCAAGACCCAUAACUGUAUCCGUUUUGUCUCCUCUUGAAUAUUCGUAACAUCUCUGUCGGGUGUUUUGUGGCCUUUGAUACGACCUACCUGUAACUCCACUGGUUUCAUCUGUGGUGCUGUCCUACUGUUGCCUUAACUGAGAUUUCAGAGAAAAUUGCACAAAGAAUUUGGGGUGAAAUUUAACUCUCCUAUAUAUGUGGCUAUUAUUUUGAUAAGGAAACAGCAGCUGUUCUGUUCCUCUGCAUAAAGUGGAAGCGGUGUGUUUUAUGAUGAUAUAUUUGUGUCCUUUUUGAUAUCCUUGUACUGUAUGUGUGGUUUUAAGUGACGUGUAGGACUCGUUACGCCAUGAAAUGAAGCACAUCCUCAUGUUAUUGUGACUAUGUGGUCUCACAGUGCUUUGCUGUGGUCUUACAGUGAUCCAUUUUUCAAUAAGCAAUAUUUCUGUUUGUAUUUUUAGUGGAACUCAUCGUCCUUAAUGUCCUGUGGAAAUGAUCAAAACAAUAAAAG